AUGACAGUGUUUACUAACCAACAACACAACUUAUUCAACUGGGCUCAUUUUUCACUUUUCAAACAGGAGUUAACAAAGCCUAGCAAAUUAAACAGUCUGCAUCACUUUCGUUGCGUUAUUUUGUUUCUGCUAAAUUAGCCGACAAUACAACCAGUAUCAAGAACAAGACUUACUUCGGCUAGUUGGCUAAUGUAAAGGGAACUAUGCUGGUUUAGCUAGUAGUUGGUUGAGCUAACGAUAGUUAGCUGCCUACUGCUACAUAAUUUAGUUAGUUUGUGGGUGUUUUCUGGAGCCUUAGACAACUGAUAACGAGCAAUGGAUCUGAGUGACUUUGAAGCUGACAACUCCGUCAGCUGUCGUCUGUCCUCCGCCAUUCCGGACAUCUGCCGGACAACUGACUGCUGCCUGGGCAUCGACGAGGCGGGCAGAGGACCCGUGCUUGGGCCCAUGGUUUAUGGAAUAUGCUUCUGCCCCAUUGACAGAAAGGAGGAUCUGAAGGAGCUGAAGGUAGCAGAUUCAAAGACACUGACAGAAGUGGAGAGGGAGAAUCUCUUCUGCAAGCUGGAUGAGGCAAAGAGUUUUGUGGGCUGGGCCCUGCAGAUCCUUUCCCCCAACACCAUCUCCACCAGCAUGCUGCAGAGGGCCAAGUACAAUCUGAACGCGCUGUCCCACGACGCGGCCAUCGGCCUGGUGCAGUACGCCCUGGACUGCGGAGUGCAGCUCAAAGAGGUGUUUGUGGACACCGUGGGCCCGGCGGAGAAGUACCAGGACAAGCUGUCCCAGAGGUUCCCCGGGGUGGAGGUGACCGUGCGCCCCAAAGCUGACUCUCUGUUCCCCAUCGUCAGCGCUGCGAGCAUCUGUGCCAAGGUUGCCAGGGACCAUGCAGUCACAUCUUGGGGAUUUGUGGAAGACCUUGGUGAUGUGGACACUGAUUAUGGCUCAGGAUAUCCUAAUGACCCAAAGACCAAGAGCUGGCUGCUCAAGCAUCUGGACCCUGUGUUUGGCUACCCGCAGUUUGUGAGGUUCAGCUGGAGCACCGCAAAGACCAUCCUGGACGACAAGGCCGUGCCCGUUCACUGGGACGAUGACGAGGAGGGCGGAGAGAAGGCAGCCGCUCGGAUGAACUGCGCGUCCAUGCUGUCCUACUUUGGGAAGAGCCGGACCUCCGCCCGGGAGACACACCGCUUCUUCUCUGAAAGGAGGCUGCAGAGCCUGGACUCACUGUGAGAGAGCGCAGGGCUGGAACGUCUCCAGCACAUACGUACAAACAGGCACAUACACACACGCACACACACGGACACGCGUACAGACGCGCACGCAC